CAAUCGCUUUGGUUGGUCAUAUUACAUUUACAUAUCCUUUUAUCUCUCAUCUUUCUUCUUCCAUUGUUUUGAGUUUUAAUCUCUCUCUCAAAUCAGACCAAGAUCUGAUGUAACUCUUUAUUCCUCUACACCCACAAAUUUUUAUUCCUCAAAAAUCCAUUUUAAUAGUGCUGUCUAUGUCCCUCUCAAAUCACAUAAACUAAACCAAAAUCCAUCAUUAUCAAGUGAUUAGAGGACAAUCAUUUCCCUCCCUUGGUGGAAGAGUUUAGGUUGUAUGAUUCCUUAGGUUUUCUAAGGAAAGAAAAUGACAAGGUGUUUCAGCUUAACCGCAGCCAGAAACCGGUGUUACAAAUCAUCAUUCAUCAAAGCGGGGCUUCGAUCCACCAUCACGGACCUCCAAGAUGGCACCGUCAUGCACUGUUGGGUCCCCAGGACACAUAAUGACUCCAAGCCUAACCUCCUCCUCAUCCAUGGACUGGGAGCCAACACAAUGUGGCAAUGGGGUGACACCAUUCGUAAGAUGAUCCCUUUCUUCAACAUCUUCGUACCCGACCUUGUCUUCUUCGGGGACUCCUACACGACUCGGCCUGAACGCUCCGAAUCAUUUCAGGCUCAGUGCGUGAUGCGUCUGAUGGAAGCCAACUCGGUGAAGAAACUCAGCCUGGUAGGCCUCAGCUAUGGUGGGUUUGUUGGGUACAGUUUAGCAGCGCAGUUCAGUGAAGCUGUUGAGAGAGUGGUGAUAUGCUGCGCUGGAGUUUGCAUGGAAGAGAAAGAUUUGAAGGAAGGAGUUUUCAAGGUAUCUGAUUUGGAAGAAGCUGCCGAGAUUUUAGUACCCCAAACGCCCGAGAAGCUUAGGGAACUCUUGGGUUUUGCUAUGUUCAAGUCGCCUCCUUCGACUUUGGUCCCUUCUUGUCUGCUUGCGGAUUUCAUUGACGUUAUGUGUACAGAGUACACGGAAGAAAAGAAAGAGCUGAUCCGAGCAAUACCCAAAGAUCGAAAAUUAUCAAACAUUACCAGAAUCUCUCAGCCCACCUUGAUUUUAUGGGGAGAAUAUGAUAAAAUUUUCCCUUUGGAAUUGGGUCACAGGUUACAAAGGCAUCUGGGAGAUAAUGCUCACCUCGUCGUCAUCAAGGGCACGGGACACGCAUUCAUCGUAGAGAAGCCCAAAGAGUGUUACAGGCACUUGAAAUCAUUUCUAGUUGAUUUGCAGCCUCCUCCGUCCACCCCAUCUCCCAUUCCCAACAAUGAAAACCAUCUUUUAUCUUGCAAAGGAGAAGCAGAGAAGAUAACCUUGAAAACAGCCUAGAUUUUAUGCAUCAUUUACGUCCAUAUGAAAAAUCAAAAUCAACACAGGGAGACACAGAAUCUAUUAAGCUAUUCCAAAGGAGCCCCUGUUAGAUGCUGCCCUUCCACUUUUCUUCUGAGCAUCAGAUGCUUAGUUUUAUUGUUAGGGAAAUCCAUAACAUAAAUUCUUGCUAAGGAAUUGAUUAUUCAGUAAAAUUCAUCUUCCUUUAAUGAAUUUCAA